AUGUUCAGCUACAACCCUUACCAAUCGAGUUACUACUCUCCCUACGACAAUUAUUACCCUUCACCAUCCUAUGCUCGAACGCGAGCUUUAGCUCAAGAGCGUGCCAAGGCUGAGCUUCGCGAGCGGUCGAGAGCGUUGGCUGCUCAGCAGAUGAUGCGAGACCGAUACCUCGUUCCCGAAUAUGAAGAAGAUCGCAAUUCUAGCGACGAGGAGUACUCCGGGUAUGGCGCCGGGGACUAUACGCCUUACGGUUACGCACCGGGCUACGGUUCUUCAUAUGAUCUAUCUCCACGCGAACGAGCCUACCUGCAAGCAAAAUACCGGGACGAGAGGGAGAAGAAGGAGCUUUUAAGACGGCGAUUGGCUCAAGAGGAGCUAUUACGCAGACAACAGGCUGAAGAAGCCUCCCAUACUAGUCGAUCUCCUUCGCCGCGGAAGCAUACCAUCCCUGUUCGCUCACCAUCUCCGGAACCUUGUCCUCAGCAUCUUCCAUCUCCGCCCCAUUCUCGCCAGGCCUCGCCUAGACGUCAGGCCUCGCCCCAGCAAUCGAGCUCCCCCCAUGUGGGCUUAGCUGCUCCCAUCGAGAAGCUGAAUGAAGCCGCUUCGACCAUCCAACGCGUCUACCGUGUCCAUCAUGCGCUCCGGACCGUGAAGUCACUUUCUUCGCAGUUUGAACAACUUCGCGACAACUUCCAGCGACCGAGUAGAUUAGACUUCCAAGGACCUGGCAGUGAAAUCAUCACGGUUGACGUUCAUUGUCCUCCCGCUUCCCUUCCUCCAACGUUGCCGAAACUAGCGUAUACUUCCACCAAUGUACCACUACAUGGUUAUGUGGAGUCGCUCAACCGCCUUCUUGUUGCCCUGGAUGCUGUUGAGAGCCACGGGGCGAGGGAGGUCAGGGAUGUGCGGAAACAAGUGGUUCGAAUGGUGGAGCAAGAGGCAUCAGCGAUAGAACAGUGGUGGAAGAACAUUUGGGAGAAACGCGAUCCUGCGGUGGAAGAGACUGAAGGAUCUAGGAACGACCAUGCGGCGGAUGAGCGUGCAGCGAUCUGCGAACCAUCGGCCGCAUCUGAUGCUACUCAGGAACAUGUCGACCACGACGACGACAUGCGCGUCGACGAAGACACUGCGGCGUCAAUCACCCCAAUAGUGGGCGAAACUGCUUCGCCCCAUGUCACGCCACCGUCAGAUGAGGGAGCGCAGAGUCCCCUGGCAUUAUAA